AUGGUAAACAACUGCGCGGAGCCAUUGUCAGCUGUUCGUUGUAGUCGAUAUGGAGUGAUCAGACCAAGGUCGUUAAUUUUACGCAAUAUUUAUGCAAAAUUUUGCUAAGAACGUGGAUGUUUUGACGCAAGGCUUAAAAGCUGGCAUAUCAGGACUAAUGAACCUCGCAAGCCAAGGAAGUGAUCCUAAUAGUGGGGUUUUCUUUGUUAAUUUUAACCAAGACUGCACGUCUCUAGCUGUUGGAACAAAAACUGGUUAUCGCCUAUUUUCUCUCAAUUCGGUUGAUCACUUAGAGCAGAUAUAUGAAAAUGAUGCUGAAGACAUUUGCAUUGUUGAACGGCUCUUCAGUAGUAGCCUGGUUGCGGUUGUCAGCUUGUCGUCCCCCAGGAAGUUGAAAGUGUGCCAUUUCAAGAAGGGAACUGAAAUCUGCAACUACAGUUACUCAAAUACCAUUCUUGCAGUGAAGUUAAACCGCUCUCGACUUGUGGUAUGCCUUGAAGAAUCUCUGUAUAUACAUAAUAUUCGUGAUAUGAAGGUACUACACACAAUACGAGAUACUCCACCUAACCCUUCUGGGCUAUGCACGCUCUCUGUUAACAGUGACUGCUGUUAUUUGGCAUAUCCAGGUUCGAAUACAAUUGGAGAGGUUCAAAUUUUUGAUACCAUCAAUUUGCAUGCAAAGACCAUGAUUCCAGCUCAUGACAGCCCACUAGCAGCAUUAGCAUUUAGUACAUCAGGUACCAAAGUGGCAACUGCAUCCGAGAAAGGGACUGUCAUUAGAGUUUUUUUAGUGAACGAUGGGACAAAGCUCUAUGAAUUUCGGCGUGGAGUGAAACGCUGUGUCAGCAUAUCAAGUCUUGCUUUUUCAAUAGAUUCCAACUUCCUCUGCUGUUCCAGCAAUACUGAAACUGUUCAUGUGUUCAAGCUGGAAGAACCACGAGAAGAAUUGCGACGUGUGCCAUCAGAAAAUCAAGGCUGGAUGGGUUACCUGUCAAAGGCUGUGUCAGCAUCUGCCAAUUAUCUACCGUCGCAAGUAACAACCGUGUUCAGCCAAGGUCGAGCAUUUGCCACCGUUCAUCUUCCUUUCCAGGGACUCAGAAAUGUUUGUGCCAUCACAGUCAUACAAAAAGUCCUGAGGUUGCUUGUUGCUUCUGCUGAUGGUUAUUUGUAUGUUUACAAUCUGGACCCAAAUGAAGGUGGUGACUGUACUCUAUUGAAGCAACACAGACUGGAUGGGAAACUGGAGCAGCCAGCAGAACAGGCAGCUGGUGCAACUUGUAUAAGCCCUGAGAAUGCUCACUCUGCUUCCAAACCUGUUACUAAUGCGUCUGCACCACCAGGUGAUCACUGCGCCAUAAGUAGCUACGCUGGGAUAUUGAAGGGCUGCUCUCCAGGCUCCAUGUCAGGUACUGUUGAAUCUGAAAAAUUCCAUGAGAUGGCAGCUGCAACAGAAUCACCCCCAAAAGGUGGUUUUCGAUUUGAUGAUGAAAGUGAAUUUCCACCAGUCACCCAAAAAACAGAAUAGUGAUAGUUCUGUUUAUGACGUGGCAUAUCGACAAAGACCUCUUACAGAGUGUAGAGGCAUUUUCAUUGUACUGUUUACUAUGUGUGUGACACAGUUAUUGCAAGGUGCAUAAGUUCUUUUCCUAAUUCGUGAUGUAUGAAUUAUGUAAAUAACUGGUGCAUACGUACAAGAAUAAACACAAUGAACGUUACUGAUCUGAGAAGAAGUGCAGAAGCUUGUUGUGCACAUGCAUUUGAGAUGUGUGUAUCCUCAUAGCUGCAUUAUGCAGAGUGGUAGAAUUGAUAUGUUAUUGACUGAAUUCAGUUUACAGAAUUAUAAUCACAUUGUUGGCAAUGGUGGUAUCUUGAAUAGCAGUUGUUUUACACAUUUUAGAAUUUUGUAUUUGAUAAUUCCAUCAUAUUCAAAUGAGACAGAAUUUUGAUUACCACUGACAUUUAUAGCCAACACCUGCUUGUGUGUAAAAUAUUUUAAUGUUUGACACUGAGCAUUUACAUUAAUGAUGAUGGAGAACCUGUUCUCUUUUUGUGAUAAAGAAUUUUGCUUGUGCUUCCAUCCUUGAUGUCAUGCCUCUCUCAUUUCUUUUAGCAGUGGUAUGAUUGAGCUUGAAGAAAAAAGUUGCACUUCUUUCUAUGAAAAUUGAGUAAAAAAGUAAGAUUUUGUAAUUUCAGCUCAUAUUUAUCUUUAUUAAUAGAGCAUAAACAGUGAGAGUCCUGCAACUCAAAAUGAUACACACAAACUAUUUUUAAACCAAAAGUGCAUACAUUUCAAUGAUUUGUGUGUUUUGAUAUUGCAAAAAUGUACAUUGUGGCGCUGCACUUGUACACUCCACCGCAGUAUUUUCCCACAUCUGAUACCAUUUUAUGUGCUUUGUAUCUCUCACUGUUAAUAAAUUAAAGAACUUUCUUAUUGGAAGGUCUUACCUGUA